UGUUUUAAAAAAAAGUCAAGAUGGCAGAAGUGGAGCAGAAAAAGCAGCAAAGCAGAAGAAGCAGACUUUCUGCAAGUUCACCUCCUGCGGUGUGCACCCCGACCCGCUGCUGGACUUGUCAUGCGAGCAGCGAAUGAAGCUGCACUAUGGCCUAUGGCAGAAGCAGCACUUGCUGCUGAAGGGCCUGUGCAAGGUCAAGAAGUGGGCACCGCCUAUGCAGAAGCCAGAGGUGGUGAACGCGCACCUGCAGGACAUGAUCAUCCUGCCCGAGAUGGGAGACAAGAUGGUGGAUAGCAUGGUGAGCGUCUACAACGGCAAAGCCUUCAACCAAGUGGAGGGCAAGCCCGAGAGGAUUGGCCAUUACCUCGAUCACCUACAAGCUUGUGAAGCACUGCCCGGCCAGGCAUCAGAACCACCCACUCUUCCCGCUUCACCACCCUCAAGGAGUCUGCUCAGCCAAUAAAGGCACACACAUUUCUUAAAUAAAAUAAAAUAAAUAAAUAAAUAAAUAAAUAAAUAACAAAAU